AAACUGCUUCCUGUUUAUAAUAGACUUCCGGGGAUGAGCUUUUGUCAUAUCUGAACCAUAUUAUGGAUUUAGCAAUACAAAGAUUUGUCCAUGUCUGUCGAACUGUGUGUGUGGUAUGAUACGACAGGAGAAACCAACUCUCAACAGUCAUGCUGGGACUCAGUGGCCUUUCAAGACUUCACAGACUCAUUGCUGGAAUUGUUAUCUUAAUAUUAGUUGAUUUAAUAUGGGUGGCGUCAUCAGAAUUAACAGAGUACUUAUUUGAACAGACUGGAUACAGAAAGCCAUUUUUCACAACGUAUGUUAAAACUGUUAUGUUUGCUGCGUAUCUGUUUGGGUUUCUCAUCUGGAAACCAUGGAGGGAACAAUGUUUUUGGAAUCGCACUGUAAAGAUUACUGAUUCUGCUCUAGACAGUCCAGAAGCGUCGGACAACUUACUGAGUGAUCCUAUCUUUGUGCCACUGAAACACGAUGAUAAACUUAGCACCAGUGGGACAGAGUCAGAUGAUGCAGCUGCUAAAGAAAAACCUGCAAGAAAUGUUCGAUUUAGUAACUUAUCCGAAGUCAGACAGCUUUCAGACCGCUAUGCAGAAGAGCAUCUGCUGGCUCGCCUGUCGUACGCUGCAUCAAUACGAGCGGAGGAACAGAAACUACACGCACUCGGCAAGCUGUCGGUCCGGCAAGUUUUGAAGAUGGCCUUCCUGUUCUGUAUGUUGUGGUUUUUCGCUAAUUAUUCAUACCAGGAAGCACUGCGCAACACCCAGGCUGGUGUUGUGAAUGUUCUCUCGUCUACAUCAGGGUUAUUCACUCUGGUCUGUUCGGCUGUUUGUCCUAGCGGACCCAGCGACAAGUUCACUCUCUCCAAACUGGUGUCUGUUUUACUCAGUAUUGGAGGUAUUGCGGUGGUCAGUGUAUCGGACAUCUCCAUGGAGAAGGGGGUGCCGGCGGGGGCCCUGUGGGCUGUGGUGGGUGCUCUCUGUUAUGCCCUCUACCUCGUCUCUCUCAGACGUAAGGUCGAUCAUGAAGACAAGUUUGAUAUCCCCAUGUUUUUUGGGUUUGUUGGGAUGUUUUGUGCACUGGUCCUGUGGCCAGGCUUUCUCAUUCUCCACUACACGAAGUGUGAAGUGUUCGAGUGGCCGAACGGUCAACAAUGGCUCCUCAUAGCGGUUAAUGGUCUUGUGGGCACAAUCUUCUCAGAGUUUUUGUGGCUGUGGGGCUGUUUCCUGACAUCCUCUCUGAUUGCCACGUUGUCGCUCAGUCUGACGAUACCGAUGACUAUGAUGGCAGACGUCUUAAUGAAAGGGGUUGGUUACUCAUGGCUGUUUUAUCUUGGAUCUGUUCCUGUUUUUAUCUCAUUUUUUGCCAUCAGUUUUCUCACUCAUUAUGAAAACUGGGACCCAGUUCUGCUGGGAGUUAAAAAAAUCUUACACGUUGUGUUUAGGCGAAGAACAAUGAAACCAAGAAUACGAGAACUCGAUCGUGAACAGACAGAAAGUUUAAUCAUUUCUGAAAGCAACCAGUGAUAUUUGAGGAAUAUAAUCUGUAUAUACACUAAUGAUAUUUAUAAAUAUAUGUUGAAUGUACUCUGACUGAGAGAGCAAUGUACCUAGUCAUUCAUGUGUCUCUGUGUUGGUUAUCUAUAUAUGUGAAUAAAUGACUUUAGACUACAUGUACAUGUAUGUACAACAAACUUUAAACUUUACAGUAUUUGCGACAUGAUUUUAGAAACCAUUCUGUUAACCCAUGUACCAGAUACCACAAAAUACGGACCUGGUAACCUGUAACAGUAAUCUGUAUUGAUAACCUGUAUUGGUAACCUGUAACAGUAACCUGUAUUGAUAUCCUGUAACAGUAACGUGUAUUGAUAACCUGUAUUGAUAACCUGUAACAGUAACCUAUAUUGAUAACCUGUAACUGUAACCUGUAAUGGUAACCUGCAACUGUAAUAGUAACCUUUAACAGUAACGGUAACCUGUAACUUAUAACAGUAAUAGUAACCUGUAAGAGUGACCUGUCAGUUACAACAAAUUUAUCAUGAUUACAAUUCUCUUUAUUGUUGUUAUUAAAUUAAUCCAACUAUAUAUAUAUUACCUGUUUCUUUAUCAUUUUCUAAACAAAUAUAACUUUCGGGGAUUAUUUGCUCCGCUUUAUUUACAUUUCUAUGCUACAUAGUAUAAUAGCUUUGUUAAUUUUUUGAGUAUUGAUUUUUUUCUUUAAUUUUUUUAGUUGAUUUUUUCUUCAAAUUUUUUAGUAUGGAUUUUUUCUUUAAUAUCUAUAAAUCUUUUCCAAUAUUCCCUGGUAAUGUGUUGAGAUAUAUCUGUUAACAAUCUAUGAAUAAAAAUGUUUUUAAAAGAACAACUAAUUAAUCCAAGGCUCUAGUUUCUUUUUACUUUUGCAUAAAAUUAACUUUGGACUACUCAAAACAACAGGUUGACCAUUGUAAGGAACAUGAAUUUCUCAAAAUUCAUAAAUUGACCAAAACAUUGAAAGUAAUGUUAAAGUUGACAGUAAAAAGAAAUGUUGUGGUAGCCCAAGACAUAUGAUAUGGUCUAAUUACUAGGGACAUGGCUUUAGAAAGGUACGAGCAGUGAAUUUACCAGGAAUCCACGUUUCAUCAAAUCCCAGAAAUUUGGGUUGGAAGCAUAAGAUUAUGAGAUGGAUUACCUAACAUUUAGCGAUUCCAAUGGUUGCCUAAAGAAGGCAAGCCUCGUCCCAGGUCGAAAUUUUCACCACUUCUGGUGUAUUUUUUAUAUCCCACAUGACUGCAUAUGAUGCAGUCUUUUUUUCCCCCAAUUCAUUCAGUAAAUAAACCAUUAUUUUUACAUGAACAAAGUAUUGUUCCUUUUAGUUUUAGCUUUGUUAUUUGUCUCUAUUGGUAUAGCCAGAGAGGACUAUAGGUUUUGUCCUCGUCAUUCUGUCUGUCUGUAGGUCUGUCCACAAUGCCUUGAGAUAUUGGUCUGAAAUUUUUUAUAUAGCUUUAUCAUGUA